AUGCCGCCUGGCAAGCGAAAGCGGAACGAACCACAGCCGUCUGAAGAUGAAGGUCCAGGCAGACCAUCUCCAUACAAGCCGGCAGAGAAGAGCAGCGCUGCUGCGUCUACAUCAAGGCGCGCAUCUCGAGGCAAGGCUGUGGAUGUGGAAGACGAGGAAAUGGCAAAUUCCGCGGCGGGUACACCAGCAGCCGAUACUGUAGCACACACAAACGGAAACCAUGCUGUCAACGGGAAGCAGCAACAUCGCUACGUACACAUCACCGAUGAUGUUGUAUCGACAUGGGCAGACUCUGGAGCCCAGACAGUGCUCAGCUCUGCCUCCAGUUCCGACGACAUGGCAAUCAAUGAUGUGCUUUUGGRGCUUGUACGAUCUGCACUUGAUGGUCGUUUGACCGGCAAGCAGGCGGGUCUCUUUGUACGCGACCUCAUCACGGCUCAACAAGAUGUCGACGUGACCUUCAUCUUCAUCAAUACAAUCUCAUUCUUGUACGAGGCAAACCACAAAGGACCUGGUCUUGCAGAGAUGAUUGCGGCGACCGGUAUCGAUCAGCAAUUACUACGCCAGGAACUCGACAUUCCUAUGCUACAAGAACUUGAGCUUGUCAGGAGUACAUUCGAGAGGGUGCGCACCCGUAAGACUACAAAUGCACUCUAUCGACAGGCAAAUUUCAAUCUGCUCCGCGAGGAGAGCGAAGGCUAUGCCAAACUCAUCACCGAAUACUUCAACACCGCCMAGGAGGCCAGCAGUCGGCGGGAUGAGGAUCCAUACAUGGCGGAAGAGGCAUUCCAACGGGUAAAGGCAUUGGUGGGAGCCUUUGACCUCGACACCGGCAGAGUGCUGGACAUCACCCUCGAUGUCAGCGCCAACCUGUUGGUCAAGGCUUACCCGUUCUUCAUCAAGUUCUACCGCGCUAGCAGUUGGUGGCCUGACAAUGAACAACUUGAUAACAUCAAGUGGGAGGAUCAGGGUUUCAGCUCGCUACCAAAUUGGGCACUUCCUGGCUCUGGGAGGUCAGCCUCCAGCGAUGAGGAUAAAGAGCAAAUGGUUAAGCUGAGAGAAGCUCGCGAUGUUCUCUUCUGGCAGCGCGUGCAAGAGGUCGGUAUGAAUGCAUUCUUCGAGCUGGGAGCGAGGAAGAUUGUAGACUUUGAAGCCAUCCUCCCUCUACUAUCAACCGAAGCUCAACCCGAGCUGGAUUCUCGGGGCAAGGAAAGCAACUCCAACAAGCGACAGCGUUUGAAUGAGGAUCGCAAGUACAUGCAUGAGACGAAAUGCUUGCCACCUUCUGGRAAUUACGAUGCCGCACAGCUACUCGGCUUCAAGCUGCGAUUCUACGCCUCUUCGGCGCGCGACGCCACCGACUCACUUCCCGAUAAUGUCAUCUACCUAGCCGCGCUCCUCAUCAAGAUUGGCUUCAUUUCCCUUCGAGAUCUCUACCCACAUCUCCACCCUUCGGAUGAGGAGAUGAAGGGGGAGAAGAGCCGGCUUGAAAAGGAAAAGGCUGACAAAGAUGCCAAAGAUCGUCCAGGCGGAGGGAUGAACGCUCUGUUGAUGGCCGGCGCUCUCGUGGACGACCUUGCUCCACCAACGCGCGGGUCUCGAAUCGACAAGGAAAAGAGCGGCGGUGCCACACCAGCACAAGAGAAGAAGGAAGAUGCCAAGGAGGAGUUGCCAACUCCUGCAAACCAAAAGUUGUUGCUCCUUCGAGCUCUGCUUCUCAUCGGUGCAAUCCCCGAGGCACUCUACAUUCUGGGGCGCUUCCCAUGGCUCGCAGAUGUCGACAUAUCCUUACCUCCGUUCCUCCUUCGAAUUGCCAAACAAAUGCUGAGCAAAGUUGCUGCAUCCCUCAAACCCCUGGAUGGACGAGUAGGACUUUCAGACUCCAAAGAUCAGCUAGUUGACACAACUCCGCGACCCGAUGGCACCCUUUCAGUCACAACAAGACCAACGAAAAAGGUCACCAGAUGGCUGCACAACGACUGCUUCGACAAGGACGACGGACUCGAGUACAAGCAUUAUUACGGAGACUGGAGCGACAAUGUGCCGAUAUGUCAGAAUCUUGACGACGUCUUCCUCUUGUGCAGCACAUUCCUUGGCUUUCUUGGGGUCAAGAUUGGACAAGACGUCGAGCUCUACGGCACCCUGCUGCGACUCGCUCACAAGAGCAUGUCAGAGGAUUCAUCAACCUCAAAUCAUGCUCGAUGGCUAGAUCUGAUGAAGCGUUUGCUCGUUCCCGCCUUGAGCUGCUCAAAGCACAAUCCUCAGCUCGCACAGCAGGUCUUUGAUCUUCUCCGCUUCUUCCCAACAUCCACCAGGUACAAUGUAUACGCCGAGUGGUUCACCAGCCGAAAAGUCACAACCAUGCCAGAGAUGAAGACAGCCCUUGCACGGAAUUUGGCAGAAGUCAAGGAUGUCCUCCGCCGGGUAUCCAACGACACUGGCAAGAAGCAAUCACGAGCACUGGGGAAGGUGUCUUUGGCUUCUCCUGGAGUGGUCAUGGCAGAAAUGAUCAGCCAGCUGGAAAAUUACAGCAACAUGAUCCCGGCCUUGGUUGAGUGCACUCGCUAUUUCUCCUCUUUAGCCUACGACGUCUUGACGUGGUCUCUGAUCAACUCUCUUCGCGGCGCUGGUCGAAGCCGCAUCCAAGCAGACGGAAUGCUCACAAGCCCUUGGCUUCAAGCUUUGUCACAAUUCGUUGCGGCACUAUUCACACGCUACACGCAUCUCAACCCAUCGCCAUUACUGCAAUACCUUGCAUCCGAGCUACGGGUUGGGAACUCUACAGAUCUGGAAAUGUUCGAGCAAAUGCUGGCGGAAAUGGCAGGCAUUCGUUCUGAUGUCGAGUUCAACGAUUCUCAAGUCGUUGCCAUGGCAGGUGGAGAACUAUUGCAAAGCCACAUCAUGCAACAGCUGUCCGAUACGAGACAUGUGAAAAAGGCGUCCGCCAAGCGGCUGAUCAAGGCUCUUUCAGAACCAGGACUCAUCGGCCAGUGCCUGGUUGCAAUCGCUCAGGAACGCCAAAUGUAUCAGCAUCGCACCAAUGAGACCCAGCUUUCAAUCCCGAAUGCCACGACCAUGCCAUUGAAAGUACUUGGCAACAAUGUCGACAAGAUCCAAGCAGUCUUUGCGCAAUACCUUGACGUGUUGAGGAAUAAUUUGAAGCCGGAAGAGUUUGAAGCAUCAGUACCAAAUGCCAUCAGCUUGGUUGAAGAAUUCGGCUUGGAGCCAGGAGUUGCGCUGACAAUAUGUCGUGUUGCUUUGCGGGGCCGUAUGGAUGAUAUUGAUCGAACGCGGAAACAAGAGGAGCGAAAUGAGAAAAAGGAGAAGAUUGCGCAGGAUCUUGUGGACGCAGGUGGCGAUGCAGCCAUGAAGGAUGUUGCAGAAAAUGCAAUUGCCGAGGCAGCUGCAACAACUCCAGAAGAGGCAGUCAACAACACCAGCUCGGCGACAUCAAGCCCGUGGCAUCCCGUACUCGAGCCGGUCAUCGACGGUCUGUCCAGCAUACUACCUGACCUGGGUACGAGGGUCAGCUUGCCAUUCUACGUCUCCUUCUGGACUUUGUCCUCUGGAGAUGUUCACGUCCCCAUCGACAGCUACAACCACGAAGUCGCGAGAUUGGAGCAUCAAAUCAAAGAAAUCAUGAAUGAUCGUUCCGAUGUCAGCGCAAUCGCCUCUAGAGAACGCGACCGCAAGCGCAAGGUCCUUCAGGAGUGGUACGAUAAGCUGAAAAGCGAGCCCGCACAGCAACUGGCUGCGUUCAUCGACGUUCGAAAGCGAAUCAGCAAAGGUGAAAACCUCCAUUGGUUUUCCAACAACCUUCACGAGACAAAAGCCGAGAAAGAUGCCAAGUAUAUUGGACUCUUGCAGGAGUGCUUCAUCCCGCGAGCCAUUCUUUCAUCAGUCGAUGCGCACUUUUCUUUCCUGAUGCUGAAGCUGAUGCACGAUAACGCCACGCCUGGCUUCAGCCUGAUGCAUCUCAUUCACCACUUGUUCAAGAAGAAUGAACUGGCGGCUUUACUUUUCCAGUGCACUGCCAACGAAGCGCAGCACCUCGCACGCUUCCUCUGCGAGACUCUCAAGAUGCUUCAUCGAUGGCACGCAGACAAAGCCACGUAUGAAAAGGAGGCACUUGGCGAUAAGACGAAGCUGCGAGGCUUCGUCAUCACCUUUGAUGAGAGUGGGGAGCCAAAGACUGUUCUGGAGUUUGAAAACUUCCGCCGAAUCUUGUACAACUACCACAUUCACAUCAACGGUGCUCUCCUUGCUUGCUUCCAAUCAGGCGAGUACAUGCACAUUCGUAAUGGCAUCAUUACCCUCAAGGGAAUUCACCAGGUGUUCCCAGCGGUCAAAUUCAUGGGCAAGGCAUUGUAUGAGAACGUUCAGAAAAUAUCUGCCGAAGACCCGCGUUCGGAUCUCAAACUUGCAGCCAUGUCGUUGCUCGGUCCUCUCAAGAACCGAGAUAAGCACUGGGUACUUCCACAAGCCUUUAGGCUUAACGAUCCGAAAGAUGCUGCGAAGCCCGGAAGCAGGCCAGCUUCUGCUCAGCCAGAGAAUGAUUCCGCCGAGCCAAAGCUCAGUGCAACGGCGCCUGAGUUCAAGCCAUCGGUGUCGCACUUGACGAAUGGGAGAAAAGAGUCAACGGUGGGUGGCAGAGAGGAUGGUGAGAUUGAGGAUGCCAAGGAUGGGGAUACUGAGAUGAAGGACGUCAAGAGCGAGAAUGAAGAAAAGUCCUCCUCUGCUGGCAUCGCAAAGGACAAAGCGAAAGCAGAGUCCAAGCCGUCUACACCAGCGCCAGGUCGUUCCCGACCCCCUCCAAGCGCGGGUGUACCGCCCAGAUUAGAGUCAUCCCGACCAGCUUCCACCCAUCAAAGCAAUUCGAGAGGGCCUCCACCUAACCUGCCAUCUCGUCCAGAGGCCGGACCGCCACAAGCUCCAUCGUCUGCUUCGGGCAGAGGAGGUAGGGGAUUGCCUGGUCGUCCAGACGAUCGAUCGGUUGGCAGGCUUGAUCGUCCACCUGAAGCCCGACCUCUUUCUAGAGAUCACUCACCGCCCGGUCAUCGCAGCCGUGGAAGAACACCUCCUGGUGUUGGAAGGUCAUACUUCGAGCGGCCCGUCGAUCGUCCCGGACCAGACAGCCGUGGUGGGCGUGAUGACGGAUGGCCUGGAUCUCGUAGAGAACCUCCGCCGCAGCACUCACGACCCCACAAUGAGACUCGUGAUCGCCAUGAGCACGGUCGGAUGGCUGAAGCUAUCCAUCCCGAUAGAAUGGGGCAUGUCUCCGCAGUACACGGCAACUCUUCGCCGCGACCUGCUUCCAGAGCGCCAGCACCUCCUCAGGCACCUCCCACUGCUGUUGCCCAUGGUGUUAACCCUGAGCGCUUGGCGUUAAUCAACAACGACUCGACAUCCAACUCUUCCAGCCCUCGGGGAGGUCGAGAUGUGGAGAGAGAUCAGCGAAGGGAGAGAGAGCCGAGAGCAGAACCCGGGGCGCCGCCUGCAUAUCCACCGCGCUCUGAAAGUCGACAGAGCGGGAGGGGUUCUAUCGAUGCUCCACCACGUUCGGAUCACCAUCACGACAAACGUGGCGGCAAAUUGAACAAUCGUGAGAUGGGACCACCGCAGACAGAGUCGAGUUAUGGGCGACUCAACACUUCGGAUGCUCCGUCUGGGCCUAGGCAGCCCAACGGUCCAAGUCGUGGCGGGCGCAACUUUACCGCGCCUCCGCUUGGACCUCGUGCAAAUGAUGUGCCCUUGCCUUCGCCAACCACCUCACGCGCUCCCGAACCUGCUCCAUCGCGGGGAGGACUUUCUCGCCAUUCAAGCGGGCACAAUGAGCGACACGCCGCAGCGCCCUCCACGCCAAGUACUCCGGUCCUUGAAUCUGGGCCUUCCGUUCACCCAAGUCGAUUGCCUCACUUGGGUCAAACAUCCCAGCCAUCUCCAAUUCAGACAAAGUUCCCGACGCCAAAUGCACCGCGGAGCCUCAGCUCUCCAACAUCGGCUGCACCUUCUGGGCCACGUGGAACUGCACGUGGCGGACCUCCCUCUGGCACGCCGACAGGACCUGCUCCCGCCCCUCCGUCCGGGCCUGCAGGAUCCGGCCAAAUACGUCGGCAGCAUCAAAGUAUCAACAGUAUCACCGGCGCUACGUCAGCAUCCUCUGGGCAGGGCGUCAGUUUUAGAGGCGCUGCACGCCAAUCAAGUACUGCCGGUCCGGCAAAGGGUCCUCGUGCAGCAUCAGUGGUUUCAGCCGGUAUGGAUGGCCCUCCAAGCCGCCCACAAUUCGAUGAGCCUUCCACAGGGCCAUCUCACGGUCGUCCCGAUCUUUUUGGAGCAAAACCUGACGACUCUGGACAUCGACGUCGCGAAGAUGAUCGUCAGUACAGCAGCCGUGACCCGAGCCGUGAUAGGCGACCCGAUGCAGGUGAUUCUCAAUUCAUCAGGCAACCACCUGUACCGCCUCCACCACCAGGUCCACCCCCGGGAGCUCCAGAUCGACGUGGUCCUCGUGAUGAGCGUAGACCACACGAUGAGAGGGCUUCUAGGGAUAACCAGCACAGACCGAAUGACCGUCGCAGUUUAGGUGGUGAGAGACAGCAACGUUCGGAUGAGCCGCACAAUCGUCGUCCGCUUCCAGAUGCUCAGCCAGGCUGGGAUCAAGGUAGGAACAAUUCAGGCCCGCCUAGGGAGGCAUUCAGGGGAGGACAAGGCCCACCACGUCGGGAAGAUGAUCGAAGAGAAUCCAGAGGUCCUCGUGAUGAUGCCAAUCAGGCGCCGCGUGGUAGGAAGCGAGGAAACGAUGAACCCACCUUUGAUGGAAAUGGUCCGAAGCGAAGACAAAGUGGCCGAACUUGA